GGAAGUUAGUUUCAUCUGUCGAAGGGAGAAUCACACUACUACCGUUGAAGAUGGCUUCGUCUUUUUGGAAAGGUGUAGUCGGAUUUGGUCUUUUUGCCUUGGCCCAUGCAGCUUUUUCAGCGGCACAGCAUCGAUCCUACAUGCGUUUAACAGAAAAGGAGAAUGAAACCCUACCAAUAGAUAUUGUCUUGCAGACUUUUUUAGCAUUUGUUUUGACGUGCUAUGGUAUAGUCCACAUUGCUGGAGAGUUCAAAGACAUGGAUGCGUCAUCGGAACUGAAAAACAAGACAUUUGACACGUUGAAGAACCACCCGUCUUUCUACCUGUUCAACCACAGAGGCCGGGUGCUCUUCCGUAGCCCGGACCAAGAAGCUUCCACAGCCCCAAACCAACAGGCCCUGCCUUCCAAUCCUCUGCGGCUACGCAAGCUGGAGCAUUUGCACUGAGACUGGCCUUUUCCUGCCCACAUGUCAUUUAGUUUUUUCUGUGCACAGAUAAGCUUUUUGGUUUAGAUCCAAGGGAAUUACCCUCGCCCCUCCUUUUAAUUUGUCUUUGUACAUAUAUUAAUAUGCUGUACAAUAUGCUGUGCAUCUCUUUCCAUAAAAGUGGUUACAAUAUUUAACUCUUGACUGUGCCAACCCCUUCAAUUUCAAGGCAGGUUUGUUUGUACAUAAUUUUGAUUGCUAGUCAGUUGAAACAUCUAUCCCUAGUCCUACCCCUUCCAAGUUGCUUCGGGGUAAUGUUAUUUGUUAUUGGACUAAGGGUAUAGAGAAUGUUUGUUUUAUUUGCCACACAUUCAUCUUGAACAGCUGUCUUGAGCAACUAUGUAUUUCAUGUUUUCUGCUGAAAUAAGAUUUAUCUUAUGAGGUGAUAAGCCUUUACUUACUCGGAGGGAGAGAAUUCCAUGACCAUCACACCGUCUCCCUGAGAUGUGAAGGAGGCUUCAAAGGUAGCUAUGAACAAAUUAUUGCAAUACAGAGUUGUGGUAAUGGAAACCACCGAAUCCAAGCCUGGAGGGGAUGAAAGCAGAGGAAGUGUUACAGCAAAUCUAAUGAUACUGUGAACACUGUAGAGACUAAUGGUACAUUUGCUUGGGCAAUGUUUUCAUUUUUUUCAUUUUGUUAAGACUCAGAUUGUUUUUAACUUAAUAAAAAUCAUUCAGAGAUUUUA